GGCGGAAGGAGAGGUGGUGGCACCCCCAAGCCCUUUUCUGGAUCUCGGGGUGUGCCUGGGGACCACCAUGGCCAGUGGUCACGGUCAAAGGUGCGAAGAGGAGGACGAGGAAACUCUGAAGAAGUUGCUAGUCAGACUGAACAACGUCCAGGAAGGAAAACAGAUAGAGACGCUGGUUCAAAUCCUGGAAGACAUGCUGGUGUUCACCUACUCCAAUCACGCUUCCACGUUAUUUGAAGGCAAAAAUUUCCACGUGCCUCUGUUGAUCGUUUUGGAUUCCUAUAUGAAAGUCCCCAGUGUGCAGCAGGUGGGCUGGUCCCUUCUGUGUAAAUUAAUAGAAGUCUGUCCAGGUACAAUUCAGAGCUUAAUGGGACCCCAGGAUGUUGGAAAUGAUUGGGAAGUCCUUGGUGUUCACCAACUGAUUCUUAAAAUGUUAACUGUUCAUCAUGCUAAUGCAAACCUUUCAAUAGUUGGACUGAAGGCCUUAGAACUCCUGCUAACUUCAGGCAAGAUCACAUUGUUGAUUCUGGAUGAAGAAAGUGAUGUUUUCUUAUUAAUCGUUGAUGCCAUGAACACAUUUUCAUCCAAUGAAGAGGUCCAGAAACUUGGAUGCAAGGCAUUAUGUGUGCUGUUUGAAAGAGUGUCUGAGGAACAACUAAUUGAAUUUGUUGAGAACAAAGAUUAUAGGAUAUUGUUAAGUGCAUUACAAAACUUUAAAGGUGAAGAAGAAAUUGUGCUCCAUGUACUGCACUGUUUGCAUUCCCUAGCGAUUCCUUGCAAUAAUGUUGAAGUCCUCAUGAGUGGCAAUGUCAGGUGUUACAAAAUUGUGAUAGAUGCCAUGCAAUCAUUCCCCAUCAAUGAAAAGAUUCAGCAAGUCAGUUGCUGCUUGCUCCAUCGGCUGACCUUAGGUAAUUUUUUCAAUAUGCUAGUAUUAAAUGAGGUUCAUGAAUUUGUGGUGAAGGCUGUGGAGAGAUAUCCAAAGAACGCAGUGUUACAAAUCUCAGCCCUCAGCUGCUUAGCACUUCUGACUGAGACCAUUUUCUUAAAUCAAGACUUAGAAGAAAAGAAUGAGACUCUGGAGAGAGAGGAGGAGGAGAAGGAAGAAGAUAAACUGUUCUGGCUGGAAGCCUGUUACAGAGCUUUAACAUGGCACAGAAAGAAUAAACAUGUACAGGAGGCUGCAUGUUGGGCGUUAAACAAUCUCCUCAUGUACCAAAACAGUUUACACAAGAAGAUUGGAGAUGAAGAUGGCCAGUUUCCAGCUCACAGGGAGGUGAUGCUGGCUAUGCUGAUGCAUUCUUCCUCCAAGGAAGUCUUCCAGGCGUCCACCACUGCGUUGUCAACUCUCUUGGAACAAAAUGUUGAUUUUAGAAAAAUCCUGAUGUCAAAAGGAAUAUACCUGAAUGUUUUGGAGUUAAUGCAGAAGCACAUACAUUCUCCGGAAGUGGCUGAAAGUGGAUGUAGGAUGCUCAGUCAUCUUUUUGAAGGAAGUAACACUCCCCUGGAUACAAUGGCAGAAGUGGUCCCUAAGAUAAUAACAACUAUGCGAAGCCACCAGACAUUGUUGUCUGUGCAGCUGGAGGCUCUCCGGGCCAUUGUGCAUUUUAUAGUGCCUGGCAUGUCAGAUGAUUCCAGAGAUGAAUUUCAGCGUAAACUAGAUAUGGUUAAAAAACAAUGUUUCAAGAAUGAUAUUCACAAGCUUGUACUAUCGGCUUUGAACAGGUUUAUUGGCAAUCCUGGGAUUCAGAGGUGCGGAUUGAAAAUAAUUUCUUCACUAGCACAUUUUCCUGAUGUGCUGGAGAUGCUGUCCUUGGAUGGUGCUGUGGACUCUGUACUUCAUACACUGCAGAUGUAUCCAGAUGACCAAGAAGUUCAGUGUCUAGGUUUACAUCUCUUAGGAUGCUUGAGUACCAAGAAGAAUUUAUGCACAGGAAGUGGGCUGCUGGCUAAGAUUCUAGUUUCCAGUUUACAACGGUUUAAAGAUGUUAUUGAAGUGCAGAUCACAGGAUUUCAGACAAUCUUUGCCAUUCUGGACCUGUCAGCAUCUUUUUCUAAGCUGCUCCUGCAUCAUUCAUUUGAGUCCGUAAUAUUCUAUCAGAUGUCGUCUGGUAUCACAGAACCAAAGGACCCACAGUUUCUCAAUCUCUGUUGCAAAUGUUUUGCAAAACUGGUGAUGGAUGAAGAUUUAAAAAAUGUGAUGUUACAAAGAGCCUGUGAUCAGAAUAAUAGCAUCAUGGUAGAAUGUUUGCUUCUCCUGGGAGCAGAUUCCAAUCAAGCCAAGGAGGCAACUUCUUUAAUUUGUCAGGUCUGUGAGAAAGAGAGCAACCCCAAAUUGGUGGAGCUGCUGCUGAAUAGCGGAUCCCAUGAAGAGGAUGUAAGGAAAGCGUUGAUGAUUAGCAUGCAGAAGGGGGACAGCCAUGUAAUCAGCUUGCUCUUAAGGAGGCUGGCACUAGAUCUGGCCAACAACAGCAUCUGCCUGGGAGGAUUUGGUAUAGGAAAAAUUGAACCUUCUUGGCUGGGUCCUUUAUUUCCAGAUAAGACAUCCAAUUUAAGGAAACAAACGAAUGCAGGUUCUAUGCUAGCAAGAAUGGUACUCAGGCACCAGAUGAGAAGGAUCGUGGAGGAAGGAGCAGCUGCAGGCAGUGAUGGGAAUUUCUCUGAAGAUGUACUGGAUAAGCUCAGUGAAUGGACUUUCAUUCCAGAUUCUUCCAUGGACAGUGUGUUUGGUCAGAGUGAUGAUCUGGAUAGUGAAGGAAGUGAAAGUUCAUUUCUUGUGAAAAACAAAACAAAUUCCAUUAGUGUGGGAGAUUUUUACCAUGAUCCUGUGUUGCAACGUUGCUCACCAAAUUUGCAAAGGCAUUCGAAUUCAUUGGGACCCAUUUUUGAUCAUGAAGAUAUGCUGAAGCGAAAAAUGAAAAUAUUGUCUUCAGAUGAUUCAAUCAGGUCAUCAAAACUUCAGUGUCAUAUGAGGAAUUCAGACAGCAUUUCCUCCUUGGCUUCUGAGAGAGAGUACAUUGCAUCAUUAGACCUUUCAUCCAAUGAGCUCAGAGAUAUUGAUGCCCUGAGCCAGAAAUGCUGUAUAAGUGGUCAUUUGGAGCAUCUCGAAAAGUUGGAGCUUCACCAGAAUGCACUCACCAACUUUCCACAGCAAUUAUGUGAAACCCUGAAGUGCUUGACGCACUUGGAUUUGCACAGUAAUAAAUUCACAACCUUUCCCUCCUACUUGCUGAAAAUGAAUUGCCUUGCCUACCUGGAUGCCUCUCGCAAUGACAUUGGACUUCCAGUGGUGUUAGAUCCUGGCCUGAAGUGCCCCACCUUGAAGCAGUUCAACCUGUCCUACAACCAGCUCUCUUCUGUACCUGAGAACCUCACUGAUGCUGUGGAGAAACUGGAGCAGCUCAUUUUAGAAGGGAAUAAAAUAUCAGGAAUAUGUUUCCCUUUGAGCCUGAAGGAAUUGAAGGUUUUAAACCUUAGUAAGAACCACAUCUCAUCCCUGCCAGAGAACUUUCUUGAAGCUUGUCCAAAAGUAGAGAGUUUCAGUGCCAGAAUGAAUUUUCUUGCUACUAUGCCUUUCUUGCCUUCUUCCAUAACAAGCCUAAAAUUAUCUCAAAACAAAUUUACAUGUGUUCCAGAUGUAAUUUUAAAUCUACCACACUUACGGUCAUUGGACAUGAGCAGCAAUGGCAUUAAAAGUCUGCCUGGACCUUCACACUGGAAAUCUUUGAACUUAAGGGAGCUCUUGUUUAGCUACAAUCAGAUCAGCAUCUUGGACUUGAGUGAAAAAGCACACACCUGGUCUAGAGUAGAGAAACUACACCUUUCCCAUAAUAAACUGAAGGAGAUUCCUCCUGAGAUUGGCUGUCUUGAAAAUCUGGCAUCUCUGGACGUCAGUUACAACUCGGAGCUGAGAUCCUUCCCCAACGAGAUGGGAAAGUUAAGCAAAAUAUGGGAUCUUCCUCUGGAUGAAUUGCAUCUAAAUUUCGAUUUUAAACAUAUUGGAUGCAAAGCAAAGGACAUCAUCAGAUUUCUUCAGCAACGGUUAAAGAAGGCUGUUCCCUACAACCGCAUGAAACUCCUGAUUGUGGGAAAUACUGGGAGUGGUAAAACCACCUUACUGCAGCAGUUAAUGAAAACCAAGAAAUCGGAUCUUGGGAUUCAGGGUGCUACAGUGGGCAUUGAUGUGAAAGACUGGCCCAUCCAAAUCAGGGGCAAGAGGAAAAAAGACCUUGUUCUAAAUGUGUGGGAUUUUGCAGGUCGUGAAGAAUUCUACAGCACUCACCCCCAUUUCAUGACCCAGCGAGCACUGUACCUUGCUGUCUACGACCUCAGCAAGGGGCAGGCAGAAGUGGAUGCCAUGAAACCCUGGCUCUUCAAUAUAAAGGCUCGUGCUUCUUCCUCUCCUGUCAUUCUUGUGGGCACACAUCUGGACAUUUCUGAUGAGAAGCAGCGCAAGGCCUGUAUAGGAAAAAUCACCAAGGAGCUGCUGAACAAGCGAGGCUUUCCUGCAAUACGAGAUUACCACUUUGUGAAUGCCACCGAGGAAUCUGAUGCUCUAGCUAAACUUAGGAAAACUAUCAUAAAUGAGAGUCUGAAUUUCAAGAUUCGAGAUCAGCCUGUUGUGGGACAGCUAAUUCCAGACUGCUAUGUAGAACUUGAGAAAAUCAUUUUAUCAGAGCGUAAAAAUGUGCCAAUUGAAUUUCCUGUAAUUGACCAGAAGCAAUUAUUACAACUAGUGAAAGAAAACCAGCUACAAUUAGAUGAAAAUGAGCUCCCUCAUGCAGUUCAUUUCUUAAAUGAAUCAGGAGUCCUUCUUCAUUUUCAAGACCCAGCACUACAGUUAAGUGACUUAUAUUUUGUGGAUCCAAAGUGGCUUUGUAAAGUCAUGGCUCAGAUUUUGACAGUAAAAGUGGAAGGCCAUCGGAAACAUCCUAAAGGAAUUAUUUCACGUAGAGAUGUGGAAACAUUUCUUUCUAAGAAGAAAAGAUUUCCGAAGAACUACAUGAUGCAGUACUUUAAACUCUUAGAAAAGUUCCAGAUUGCCUUGCCACAAGGAGAAGAGUGUUUACUGGUUCCAAGCAGUUUAUCGGACCACAGACCUGUGAUAGAGCUUCCUCAUUGUGAGAACUCUGAAAUUAUCAUUCGACUCUAUGAAAUGCCCUAUUUUCCCAUGGGAUUUUGGUCAAGAUUAAUCAAUCGAUUACUUGAAAUUUCACCUUACAUGCUUUCUGGAAGAGAACGAGCACUUCGCCCAAACAGAACAUAUUGGCGACAAGGAAUCUACUUGAAUUGGUCUCCUGAGGCUUAUUGUCUGGUGGGAUCUGAAAUCUUAGAUGAUUGUCCAGAGAGUUUCUUAAAAAUCACAGUUCCUUCUUGUAGAAAAGGCUGCAUUCUUUUGGGCCAAGUUGUGGACCACAUUGAUUCUCUUAUGGAAGAAUGGUUUCCUGGGUUGCUGGAGAUUGAUAUCUGUGGUGAAGGUGAAACUCUGUUGAAGAAAUGGGCAUUAUACAGUUUUAAUGAUGGCGAAGAUCAUCAAAAAAUCUUACUUGAUGACUUGAUGAAGAAAGCAGAAGAAGGAGACCUUCUAGUAAACCCAGAUCAACCGAGGCUCACCAUUCCAAUAUCUCAGAUUGCCCCUGACUUGAUUUUGGCUGACCUGCCUAGAAAUAUUAUGUUGAAUAAUGAUGAGUUGGAGUUUGAGCAAGCUCCAGAGUUUCUCUUAGGUGAUGGCAGUUUUGGAUCUGUUUAUCGAGCAGCCUAUGAAGGUGAGGAAGUGGCUGUGAAGAUUUUUAAUAAACAUACAUCACUUAGAUUGUUACGACAAGAGCUGGUGGUGCUUUGCCACCUCCAUCACCCCAGCUUAAUAUCUUUGCUGGCAGCUGGAAUUCGCCCUCGAAUGUUGGUGAUGGAGCUGGCCCCCAAGGGCUCCUUAGAUCGCCUGCUUCAGCAGGACAAAGCCAGCCUCACCCGCACUCUCCAGCACAGGAUCGCCCUUCAUGUGGCUGAUGGCUUGAGGUACCUGCACUCAGCCAUGAUUAUAUACCGAGACUUGAAGCCCCAUAACGUGCUGCUUUUUACCCUGUACCCCAAUGCAGCCAUCAUUGCGAAGAUUGCUGACUAUGGGAUUGCUCAAUACUGCUGCAGAAUGGGAAUAAAAACAUCAGAGGGCACACCAGGAUUUCGAGCACCUGAAGUUGCCAGAGGAAAUGUCAUUUACAAUCAGCAGGCUGAUGUGUACUCGUUUGGCCUGUUACUCUAUGACAUUUUGACAACUGGAGGUAGAAUAGUAGAAGGUUUGAAGUUUCCAAGUGAGUUUGAUGAAUUAGCACUACAAGGAAAAUUACCUGAUCCGGUUAAAGAAUAUGGCUGUACCCCAUGGCCUAUGGUAGAGAAGCUAAUUAAAAAAUGUUUGAAAGAAAACCCUCAGGAAAGGCCUACUUCUGCCCAGGUCUUUGACAUUCUGAAUUCAGCUGAGCUAAUCUGUCUGAUGAAACACAUUUCAAUAUCAAAAAACAUUAUAGCUGAAUGCAUGGUUGCUACAAAUUCUAACAGCAAUAAUGCAAGCAUUUGGCUGGGCUGUGGGCACACAGACAAAGGCCAGCUCUCUUUUCUUGACUUAAACACUGAAGAACACACUACUGAGGACGUUGAAGAUAGUAGAAUAUUGUGCUUGGCCUUUGUGCAUCUCUCUGCUGAGAAGGAGAACUGGAUCGUGUCUGGGACACAGUCUGGUGUUCUCCUGGCCAUCAAUGCUGAAGACAGGACCAAGAGGCAUACCCUGGAAAAGAUGACUGAUUCCAUUACUUGCUUGUAUUGUAACUGCUCCAAGCAGAGCAAGCAGAAAAAUUUUCUUUUGGUGGGAACUGCUAAUGGUAACUUAGCAGUUUUUGAAGAUAAAGCUGUUAAGUGUAAAGGAGCGGCUCCCUUGAAGACCCUGAGCCUGGGAGAUGCAAGCACUCCACUUAUGUGCUUGAGUGAAUCCAUGAAUUCCUCUGAGAAACACAUCAUGUGGGGAGGAUGUGGCACAAAGGUUUUCUCAUUCUCUAAUGACUUCUCCAUUCAGAAGCUCAUUGAGACAAGGACAAACCAGCUGUUUUCCUAUGCAGCUUUCAGUGAUUUGAACAUCAUAGCAGUUGCUGUGGACACAGUGCUCUAUAUCGCAAAGAAAAACAGCCCUGUCGUGGAAGUGUGGGACAAGAAAACAGAAAAACUCUGUGAACUAAUAGACUGCGUGCAGUUUUUAAAGGAAGUCGUGGUAAAAAUAAACAAGGAAUCAAAGCACAGGCUGUGCUAUGCCGGGAGAGUAAAGGCACUCUGCCUUCAGAAGAACACGGCUCUCUGGAUAGGAACUGGAGGGGGCCAUAUUUUACUCCUGGAUCUUUCCACUCGGCGAAUCAUACGGAUAAUUAACAACUUCUGCGAUUCUGUUAGACUCAUGGUGACAGCACAAUUAGGAAGUCUUAAAAAUAUCAUGGUGGUUUUGGGGUACAAACGGAAAAGUACAGAAGGUACACAACAACAAAAAGAAAUACAAUCUUGCUUGUCUAUUUGGGAUAUCAAUCUUCCACAUGAAGUGCAAAAUUUGGAAAAACACAUUGAAGUGAGGAAAGAAUUAGCUGAAAAAAUGAGAAAAACAUCCAUUGAAUAGAAGGGGAUCAGAAAUCUCAGACUUUGCAUGGGAAAAUGGUUAUUUUGUAAAUAUGUAUUUUAAAAUGUUUACAUUUGAAAAGGGCACUUCCACUUUUUGAGAUGACUCAUGUGUAUAUGAAGGAAUGUUUAUAUGUUAUAUUUUUAAUUUAAAUAUAUGUAAAAUAGUGACAAGUAAAAGUAUGUUUUAUAGAACUUUAAGAUACAAUGUUAUAUUUCCUAUAUACCUUAGUUUGGCAGGUUAAUUCAAAGAAAUAUAUUGGAGGACUUAAUUGAAAUACUCAGACUAAAGUAGAAAAAGUCAUUUGCUUUUGUUUUGCUAUCUGUAUGCAAGGUAAACUUUGUUUAAGGUUCUUGCUUAAGGUCAGAUUGUUGCUUAUUUCCCUUUCUUGAAGUUUUCCAGAGUAGAUUAAAAGUAAUUGGGCAAUUUUCUGAGUAACACAUUCUUUGUUAGCUUUCUUAUAGUAUUGCACUAUGAUAUAGGACUAUGAGUUGUCAAGUGGAUUUUUAUGAAUAAAGCUCUCUAUUGGGA